GUUCCCAGCCUCAUCUUUGGAUCUGACCGUGCUUUUAAGUGCCUGCCACCAUGCCUGCUGAUUACAAUGGGACGUGGGAAAUGGAAUCCAAUGAGAACUUUGAAGGCUACAUGGUUGCUUUAGAUAUUGAUUUUGCAACUCGUAAAAUUGCGAAGCACUUGAAACAAACAAAGGAGAUUAUUCAAGAUGGAGACAAUUUUAAAACAAAAACACUCAGCACUUUCAGAAACUAUGAAGUGAACUUCACUGUGGGAGUGGAAUUUGAAGAACAUACCAAAGGACUCGAUAACCGAGUGGUAAAGACACUAGUGACCUGGAAUGGUGACCAAAUCGUGGGUGUUCAGAAAGGUGAAAAGAAUAACAGAGGCUGGAAGCACUGGAUUGAAGGAGACAGACUUUAUCUGGAACUGACAUGUGAAGACCAGGUGUGCCGUCAGGUAUUUAAGAAGAAAAACUAAACCCGACCAGAAACACUUCCAGAUCUUCAUCAUACUGUUUUGCAGUUAUGCUCUGUCUAAAAAAAGAACCAAACUAGAUUUGUAAUAGUUCUUUGACACUGUGUUAAUGCAUUUUUAUGCAUGCUUCUGGAGAUAAACA